AGGAAAACGUAGGGUUUCUGUUUUCCACCCUCUGCCUCCCUGUUUCUCGCUUUCCCCCUCGGUUCGAGAUGGACGCCACCUUCGAUCCCGAUCUUAUUCACGCCAUCUUCAAGAUGGUCUGGAGCAGAAGAGCCGAGCGGAACGAAGAGAUCGAUGUUGUCGACGUUGAGGUUGGUGCUGGCACAUCCAAGAAAAGUCGACCGACUACAGCUAAUCCGAGUGCUCUAAGGGUAAGCUGUGAACUUCUCCGGUUAUUUGUAACAGAGGCUAUCGAACGCACUGCUAUAAUUGCUGAGGCAGAGGGUAUAAAUAAAAUUGAACCCACCCAUUUGGAGAGGAUUCUUCCACAAUUGCUUUUGGAUUUUUAAGCAGGGAGGAAUCUUGACUUGCAAGUCAAGGGGUGAAGGACUCAGUCUACUGUGUGCAUUCUUUCCAUCAAUGCGUGGAAAACUCGGCAUAUCCGGCUAGAUCACGCCAUGGAUUAGCCAAUGGAGAAGAACAAGGACUUGAUCUCCAAAUACCAUGUUUCUGGUUCUCUUACACCCACUUGCCAUUUGCAAGGGGAUGUCAAGUGGAUGAGAAUUUGAAUGGUUGUUGGUUCUUAGAUAGAUAUACAGGCACAUGGAAGUGUAAAAGACUAAUAUAAACAUGUCCUUGUCAUAUUGUUGUGUUCUUCUGCUGAUUUUGUUGUCUUUAAA